AUGGAGCUGUUCGAGCGCGCCCGGACGGUGCGGCUGCGGAGCCACCACGACAAGUACCUGUACGCGGACGAGGACGAGUCGCACGUGAUCCAGGACCGGAACGCGGCGUCUCCGAACGCGCGGUGGGUGGUGGAGCCCGUCCCGCACUCCCCCGGCGUGCUCCGCCUCCGCAGCCGCUACGGCCGCUACCUCUCCGCCUCCAACGAGCCCUUCCUCCUCGGCGUCACCGGCCGCAAGGUGCUCCAGACGCUGCCCCACCGCCUCGACUCCUCCGUCGAGUGGGUCCCCGUCCGCGACGAGGCCGGCCGCGCCCGCGGCGGCGCGCGCCUUCGCACGCGGUACGGCAACUUCCUCCGCGCCAACGCGGGCCUCCCGCCAUGGCGGAACUCCGUCACCCACGACACCCCGCACCGGCACGCCGGCUGGGUCGUCUGGGACGUCGAGGUCGUCCAGGCCGUCCUCCCCAGACCCGACUCCUCUGCCUCCGUCGACGACUCACCAGCGCCGCCGUCGUACAAACCUCCCUCCUGUUCGUCGUCCCUGUCUCCCCCUCCCUUGCCGACGUCGGCGCUGCGGCCGCCGCCACCGCCGCCGCACCACCGGGAGGAGAACACGGCCCCGUUCAGAGCGCAGCCGCCGCCGCCGCCGCCGGGCUACAUCGCGCCGCCCGCGCCCGGCCUGUACCGGCUCGAGUCGACGGAGUCCUUCUCGGUGCCGCUGCACAAGGUGGAGGGGCGGUCGAUCCACUACCACGUCGGCGACGACGACGACGGGUACGUCAGCCCGGACGAGGAGCCGCGCCACUUCACGUUCAACGGGACGAGCUUGGAGGAGCUGCUGGAGAGGCUCAAGGAAGAAUCGGGGCUCGAGGACGUGAUAAUGUGCUCGCGCAGCCCCAUCAACGGGAAGCUCCUGCCGCUCCACCUGCAGCUGCCGCCCAACAACGCCGCCGUGCACAUCGUGCUCGUGCGGGAGUCGUCGAAAGUGGCAAAAACUUUUGCAUGACCUUUCGAUCGGUUCACAAAAUUUGAAGAUGGUGGCUGCAAGGCUAGCUUGGGUCAAAUGCAGAAUUUUGUGCAUCUGUUAUGUGAGUCAGAGUGA